GCAGCGUUGAUUUUAUCGCCACUGUCAAGUUUUAUUAAACAUUUACUGUAGUGACAAUAAAUGAAGUAACUAUCGUAGUAAGGUUGGAUUAAUGGCACGUUUGUGUAACAUACAUUUUCUGUAACGAUGUUUAUUGUGGAAAGAGCUGUACAAUAACUGACGUGUGUGCACUGCUGAUAUUAUAUUGGUUAAUAUUCACCAAUCAAUAGUGUGUGUGUGUGCGUGUGUGUGUGUGUGUGUGCGUGUGUGUGUGUGAGUGCGUGUAUGUGUGUGUGUGCGUGUGUGUGUGUGUGUGUGAGUGUGUGUGUGUGUGUGUGUGUGUGAGUGUGUGUGUGUGUGUGUGUGAUGUCAGAAGCGUACAGUAAUCAGAUCUGGAGGAUUACAGUAAUCAGUGGUCUCACAGGGUCUGUGGUCCUUCAGAGCUGGCGUUGUUGAGUGUAUUUGAUUGGCUCAUGCCGUGUUGUUGAUGCUCAGGUUCAUGUUCUUGUGUUGUUCUUCAGGAGGAGCUGACGGCUGGAGAUAAGCAGAUGAAGCUUGUUCCUGUAAAUCUAUGUUAUGAAUGUGCAGAUUCAAAUGUUCUUCAGAAGACCAGUGAUCAUGAGCUGGCCAGCGGGUCACGCUUAUGUCGGCCUUCACCCGAGUCAAUCCUCUUAUUCCUUCAUCAUCCUCAUCCUCAUUCUCAUGUGUGUCCUGUUUGUUUAUAUCUGUGGUGAGAGAUAUCCAGCGUCAGGUCACCGCCUCAGAAUGAUGUUUGUCUCCAAGCUAUUUAAAGAAUAUCAUGGUAUUACUGUCCAAGGAUAUGGAAACACCAUGGUAUGAUUUGUUAGUGUGCACACCAGUGUAACUGUAGAGUAGGACACAGUCACUGAAACCAGCCUGUUAUAAGAGAGUGUGUGUAAGAGAGUGUGUGUAAAAGCUUCACACCGCUGUCACUUCAUCUGAUCUGAUGUCUGCAGACAUUCAGCUCAGAGUUUGUGCUUCACAUCCAGAGCAUCUUCCAUCUUUAUGAAGGUCAACGGACAGUAAAUCAGGGAUUACAUCUGAGGAAAACACCACAACACAUGCAGACGCUCAGACACGACAGCAGAUCCCGUCUGGCUGCAGUGGUUUGUCCCACUGAUCUCACCCGUCCCGUCUCUUCAGAGAGGAGCGCUGAUCUCCAGACAGGAGUGUGUGAGACUCUGAGACGCUGCCCUCAUGUUCUCUGCGUUCCCUGCAUCAGGAUCACCUGACGCACUGAUGUAUUGCUUUGGAAGUGAGAAAGUGGUCUUUGCUCCGUCACCAAAGCCAGAGGAGUUGAACAGAGAGUCUGUCUCGUACCCAUCACCAGGAUUACCCAGCAGCCCUUUCACCAGCGCAGUGUUUGAUGGCAUGGGCAGUUCAGAACUCUGGAGCUCAGCCAAUGGCAGCAGCUCGUCAGCUCAGGAAGGCAUGCUGGGAAAUUCAGCACAGACUGGGAACUGUGGAGACCUGGUGUCACACGAGCGGCUGGUAAAACUUUCCCUCCCUCUACAGAACACGCGGCUGCAUUCAGAUGGCACUAAACGUCUCCCGUCGAUGUCCUGCUUCCACCGAGGCAGAAGCACAGCCACGUUUCUCUCCUCACCUGUAGGAGGCGCAGAGUGCUGCACAGCAGGAGCCAAUCACUGCCCACAACCCACUGGAAUGACAUCACUGCCGGCCAAUUACGAACCUGCGCUGGUGGAGGACCGGCUGGACGAAGCCAUCCAUGUCCUGCGCAAUCACGCAGUGGGUGUGACCAAUGCCGACCUGACCAAUGAUCUGCGCAGCCUGUUCGGACAGACGCCCCACGGGCCAAUCACAUCCAUCGCUGGCUCAAUGGCCAGCAGAUCGUCAGCAGUUAGUGAGUCGGCCGCUCUGGCGAUACACUCGACUGUCUCUCAGCCCGCCGCGGACCUGACCAAUCAGAGAGACCGUUGCAGAGGGCUGAUAUCCCAUGAUGCCUCAGUAUCUCUGCAGCUGAAGUCAGAAGUGUCUGAGGUGGAGGAGCUGCUGAUGCGUCAUGUGACCCGCGUCUCCUCUGAUGAUGCGAGCGACACUCGAACGGCCGCCGGCGACACUGGGACCAGGACGAGCAGCAGUAUUCAUGAGGACGAGGAAGUGAGUCCGGAGCAGAAGGCCGAGCGGGAACGCGAGCGGAGGAUGGCGAAUAACGCCCGCGAGCGGCUGCGCGUGCGCGACAUCAACGAGGCGUUUCAGGAGCUCGGCCGCGUGUGUCAGAUACACCUGAAGAACGACAAGCCACAGACCAAACUGCUGGUCCUGCACCAGGCCGUCGAUGUCAUCCUGAGCCUGGAGCAGCAGGUCAGAGAGCGCAGUCUGAACCCCGAGUCUGUGUGUCUGCGCAGGACAGAAGACCUGAAAUCCUCCAGCGUGAGUCUGAACCUGCAGUACAUGAUCCACGACGUCCAGAACAACGUGCCAGGACAUCUAUGACGGACACCAGUGUGUGUGUGUGUGUGUGUGUGUGUGUGUGUCAGUGAGGGAGUGAGUGUGAGUUUGUGAUAAACACUCCAGUUCCAGUAUGAAGACUUCAUCUGAACGUCUCAUCAGGCUGUUUCUGCUGAGCUUGUGUUGAUGUUCCUGCAGUGUUUAUUCACACACACAAACACCCGGACAAACCUGUUCCUCACGGAGUCUGUAAGCGUUUUCCACUCUCAGGAUCUGUUGAUCUGUCAGAAAGCAGAACUCGCUGUGUGUGUGAAGCAGAGAUGAUGCUGUAAUGACGUUUCAUCUGCGUCAACAAAUGAAAUGUUGGUUUUGUUUGUCUCUUCAUCUUUUGAUAGAUUCAGUUUCAUACAGUUAUGCAGCACAACACGUCCUUCAUAUGAAAGCAGAUGUUCAUUUUGUCUCUCUCUCUCUCUCUCUCUCUUAAAGACUGUUUUUAAAUCUCUUUUUAUUGCCAAUGGCACAUUUAAUACAUUCAUCAGAUGUAAAUGUUUUCUUUCUUAGAGUUUUAAAAUAAAGUUUAUUUGGUAAUUGA